AUGGAGGACUUCAAAACUUCAGACCGUUUUUUCCACAAGUCCUCAUUCAGCAUCAGCAGCCUGUUGUUGAGACGAGAGGGAGUGAUCGGUGACGCAGAGUCUCCUUCUCCGUCCCAGAAAGUGCGCUCCGCACAUCCAGAGAAACCCAGUCAGGAGGAAAACUCUGAAAAGAACUGCGAGAACCCCAAACUGCGCACCAAAGCAGAAAUCAAAACGGUGACUUCAAAUGGAAAACGAGAAGGAAAUAAUUUCGAAUCAAAGAAAAGCGGUGGAGUAGAAGAAAGCGUAAAACCUGAGAAACCUCCUUUCAGUUAUAACGCGCUCAUCAUGAUGGCGAUCCGCCAGAGCCCGGAACGACGGCUCACACUCAACGGCAUCUAUGAGUUUAUCAUGGCCAACUUCCCAUACUACCGGCAGAACAGGCAAGGGUGGCAAAACUCAAUCAGGCACAACUUGAGUCUGAAUAAGUGUUUCGUUAAAGUGCCGCGCCACUAUGAUGACCCGGGUAAAGGCAACUACUGGAUGCUGGACCCCUGCAGUGAGGACGUCUUCAUAGGUGGCACAUCGGGGAAACUCCGGCGCAAGGCCGCAGCUGGAUCCAGAACCAAGCUUGCGCUAAAGAGGGGAGGAGGUCGUCUGAUGUCCUCCGGCACUGCAACCAGCGUGACCUUGGCCGCAGCGGGUUCAUUUUACUGGCCGGUGCCGCCGUUUCUGCCUCUCCAAGCACCAGUGCGCACCCACCUUGGCGCAGGGACUUAUCUGAGUGCUCACCCCCGCUUCCCAAACCACGCCACAUCGAUGGUUUCACAGCGGUCCCGAUUGAGUGCAACAAGUGCUGCAGACGCCAACCGGUUCGUGCAGACGCACCAGGAGAUGUCUUAUAUCGGACUCAGUUGCGCGCAAUCCCGACACCAUCAGAUUGGCACCGCCUGCACCGCUUUCUCCACAUCCAUCCCUGCAUGCACCCUGCCGCUGUCGGAUCCGUACUCUUUUAACAUGAUCUCCGGACAGGCCAGCUACUUUUACUCUCAUCACAUACCGUGUGCUGCGACGUUUAAUCCGUGCCAAGAGGAGUGCGCCGCGUCCAAGACGUCUCCAGGACAAUUCCUAUCCAAGAACGGCCACUCAGAACUCGGGGGGUUCUGUAAUGACUUUCCAAAUUACUGCCCUCAAAUCAGUUCAAGCCCUCCUUCGUCCUGGAAUACAGACAAAUAG